GGACCGCCUGACGUGGAUGCGCUGUUGCUGACAGCCGCCGUCUCACAUACCCGAGUGUCUUAGUGUUAUAUGUUUUACUUCGCCACCUCCGUGCAAUAACGUACCUAGCCGGUCCUCUUUAGAGCAGGAUGCUUUUGCACAUCUGGCAGUAUCUCUACAGCAACUAUUUUCGAUUUUGGCUCAAAUGGUUUAUCAGGCAGAUCAGUGGAAAAUGUGAGCUGCAGCGAAUCUGUGCUGGAUCUGAAGAUGGUGCCCGCAGAACACACAGAAUAGAAUACUCACUCGAGCACUCAAAAAGCAAGGUUCUGCAGUGUGCAAUAAGCGUUUUUGAGGAUGAAGUCGACAAGUAUGUAGCUGACAUAGUAAAAGAAAAGAAGGUCAAUGUAGAAAAAGAACAAAGGUUUCAGAUAAGCCUGAGGAUAUGCUUAUUACAGAUCUCUGGUUAUAAGAAGCUUUAUUUGGAUGUGGAGGAUCUGCGAAAGCAAUCGUUCAAUUCUGACAACACACAGCAUGAGCAGCUGCUUCUAGAACUUUGGGACUUGCUGAUGCCACAUGAGAAGCUCAAGUCUAGAAUCACUAAACAGUGGGGUGACAUUGGCUUUCAAGGAGAUGAUCCUAAGACUGAUUUUAGGGGCAUGGGCAUGCUGGGAUUGGCAAAUUUACUAUACUUCAGUCAACAUUACACAGAAGAAGCACGUCUAAUCCUGUCUCAUUCUAAUCAUCCAAAAAUCGGGUACUCCUAUGCUAUAGUUGGAAUCAAUCUGACAGAAAUGGCCUAUAGUUUACUGAAAAGUGGGGCUCUGAAGUCACAUUUCUAUAAUACGGUUCCUGGGAUCCCUAGAAUAAAAUGCUUCCACCAGUUCUAUUGCUACCUGGUAUAUGAAUUUGACAAGUUCUGGUUUAAGGAAGAGCCAGAAAGUAUAAUGUUUUUCAACCAAUACAGAGAGAAAUUUCAUGACCAGAUAAAGCUUCAGCUCAGUGAUCCUGAUGUUGUGCUGACCCUUUAAUGACUUCUUGCCUUUCCAUUCCUCAAAACAAGAAAUUUUAACUAAUAUUUUGUUAGUAUUCCUGUUUAUUUUACAAAAGCUAAUGGACAAUCCAGCCUAGAUGUUAUGUGGAGAAAGCACCCAAUCCAACCCAGAUAA